CACCAGGUGGGAACCCGAGCGCCACAACCACAACUCCCGCUCCCUCUUCCCCCCCUCCCCUUCUCCACAAGUCGGGAGGCCGCAGCGCUCUCUCCACAAAGCCCCCGCUCCCGCGCGCGCGCCGCCGGCGGCGGUGCUCAGGCGGACUCCGGACCGCGCCGCCCUCUUCCUCCGCCAACCUCGAGAUUUGACUUUCAAGCACCAGUGAUGCAAAGGGACACCAGCUCUAGCGAUGCUUCUGCUUCUCACACAGGGCGUGUUAGACGUCGGAGACAGCCAAGUGAGGCUACCGCGGAUGGGAAUAGAGCUAAUGGACAGCCAUUGCUUGUCAAUGAUCGGAACAAGUACAAAUCAAUGCUUAUCCGUACAUAUUCAACAGUAUGGAUGAUUGGAGGCUUUGCCUUGAUUGUUUACAUGGGUCAUCUAUAUAUCUGGGCCAUGGUUGUUGUGAUUCAAAUAUACAUGGCAAGAGAGCUUUUCAACCUGCUCAUAAAAUCCAGUGAAGAAAAACAACUGCCAGGGUUCAGGCUCCUGAACUGGCACUUCUUUUUCACGGCGAUGCUGUACACUUACGGGCGCUUUCUUAGUCGGCAGCUUGUGAAUACAGUAACUUCAGAUCACUUACUGUAUAAGGUUGUCAGCGGCCUAAUAAAAUACCAGAUGUUUAUUUGCUAUUUUCUUUAUAUUGCAGGGUUUGUAUGGUUUAUUUUGACUCUGAAGAAAAAGACAUACAAGUAUCAAUUCAAACAGUAUGCGUGGACGCACAUGAUACUUUUAACAGUUUUUGGACAGUCCUCGUUCACUGUGGCAAACAUAUUUGAAGGGAUUUUCUGGUUUCUUCUGCCUGCUUCGCUCAUUGUGAUCAAUGAUAUCUUUGCUUAUUUAUUCGGGUUCUUUCUUGGGAGAACACCAUUGAUCAAGUUGUCCCCAAAGAAAACUUGGGAAGGUUUUAUUGGUGCAUCAGUGACAACUAUCAUCUCUGCAUUUCUGUUAGCAAAUGUAAUGGGCCAUUACCAAUGGUUGACAUGCCCAAGAAAGGAUCUAUCAACUGGGUGGCUUUAUUGUGAUCCUGGUCCAAUGUUUAAGCCGGAGCAUUACUCGCUGGGAGAAUGGGUACCACACUGGUUCCCAUGGAAAGAAGUUGCCAUUAUGCCUGUGCAGUGGCAUGCUUUAGCCCUAGGUCUGUUUGCAUCAAUAAUAGCACCAUUUGGAGGUUUUUUUGCGAGUGGCUUCAAGAGGGCUUUUAAAAUAAAGGAUUUUGGUGACAGCAUACCUGGGCAUGGGGGGAUUACUGACAGAAUGGAUUGUCAAAUGGUUAUGGCAGUGUUUGCGUACAUAUACCACCAAUCAUUCAUUGCGCCCCAGAAUUUCUCUGUUGAGAUAAUCUUGGAUCAGAUUAUAAGAAACCUAACCUAUGAGGAGCAAAAAUACUUGUAUGAGCAGCUUGGCGGAAUCUUCCAUGAGAGGCAGAUGCAAAGCUGAGAGUUAAUGUGCUUAUGAGAAGCAUGAUGUGUUGUGUAUUUAAGCCUUCGGCUCAUUCUGUAGCUCUAGAUUCGUGUAUAGCAGCACCGCCCGAAUGCACGAUGAUAUAGCGGGUCCUUGUUUAAACCAUUGUACAGAAUGGUAGAAAGGAGAGAAUGAAUGGGUAUUAGUUGCUUUAUUCGCUCUCCACUGACGCUGCCUUCUGCAGUUUAUCAUAUACGCCGUGCUGAUUCUAUCCCCUUAUCAUCUUUUCUUCCCUCUUAUAUUGUGACAAAGGGACCUGGAAAGCUGUAUUCUUGCUUAUCACUUUGUUCCGGACCAAAUGUUCGAGGAUGCAUAGAAUAAGGAGAGAGCAGGGCAAAUUCUUA